CAGUUCAGUUUGUGAUAAACUAAACAAAGUUAAGCAUGGGAAGAACACCUUGUUGUGAAAAAAAUGGGCUUAAAAAGGGACCGUGGACUCCUGAGGAAGAUCAGAAGCUAAUAGAUUAUAUUCAGAAAAAUGGCUAUGGAAAUUGGAGGACACUUCCAAAGAAUGCAGGUCUGCAAAGGUGUGGAAAGAGUUGUCGGCUUCGUUGGACCAACUAUUUGAGGCCUGAUAUCAAAAGAGGAAGAUUCUCUUUUGAAGAGGAAGAGACAAUCAUCCAACUACAUAUUAUAUUAGGAAAUAAGUGGUCUGCUAUUGCUGCUCGCUUGCCCGGCAGGACCGACAACGAAAUAAAAAAUUAUUGGAAUACCCAUAUCAGAAAAAGGCUUCUCCGAAUGGGAAUCGAUCCAGUGACUCACAGUCCCCGCCUUGAUUUUCUUGACAUUUCUUCAAUUCUAGGCUCAUCUUUCUACAACAACUCAUCUCAAAUGAAUCUUUCAAGAUUUCUUGGUGUUCAAACACCCUUAUUAAACCCAGAAUUGCUAAGGAUAGCCACUUCUCUCCUAACCUCUCACCGUGAAAACCCAAACCUCAUUCUCCAAAAUGUUCAAGAAAACCAGCUUUGUUACCCACAAGUCCAAAACCAAAUGCCACAAUUGGUUCAACCUAACCAACUUCAAACCCUAAUUGAUCAAGAAAUUCCAACUUGCAAUAUUCCAUUUCCUAAUGAAGCCCAACUCAUGGAACCAAAUGUGGACCAAUUCUCAUCAAAUUUUACCAACUUUAGCUCCCAAAAUUGUCAACUAAAUGAUUGGCAAAGCAAUGGAAUGGCUUCAAACUUGGGAGAAGAUUACAUGUCCCUACCAAACUACGAAUAUUAUGGGUCUGAUCAAAGCAUCAUUGAAAACCCCAAUCCAUCUGAAAACUCAAAAUUUCAAUCCAACAACAGCAACAACUUCAGCUUUGCAUCUGUCUUAUCAACUAUGUCGACACGUUCAUCGAGUCCGGCGCCGUUGAAUUCGAAUUCAACGUACAUCAACAGCGGCAGUACUACGACGACUACUGAAGAUGAGAGGGAAAGCUACUGCAGUGGCAUGUUGAAAUUUUAAAUUCCAGACAUGCUGGAUCAUGUUAAUGAAUUCAUGUAAUUUCAAAAUCAAGCUGAUAAUCAGCAGAGAGUUGUUUUUGUUUGUUUUUUUUUAGACCCUCUGGGCUUUUACUUUGCUAAUGUUACUUGUAAAAUUUCCUUAAUCAUUUAUUGCAAUAUUGUGUCCCAAAAUUCACUA